AUGAAGCGUCUCGAGUGGCUGCUGCUCCUGGCGUUGGUUGCCUCCGUCUCUACGGCGGUGGCUCCGCGAAGGCGACGCCACAGUACAGUGGAACCGCCCUCCUCCAGUCUCAGUGAAUGGGGAUGGGAUCUGGGCCCGGAGAUGGCGCUCGUGAGAAGGGUCUACGAUGACUGCCAGGACAAGAACGACUUUAUUGGUUGCCUCAAACAGAAGGCGCUUCACGCACUCACUCGCGCCUUGGAUCAGGACUCAAUUAAGAUCGUGGACGGCCUGGUGCUGGAGAAGCAAAACCAAACCGAACCGGACAGUAUCCUGUCCUCUCUGACGGAUGCUCGGCAGUUUGGUGGUCUGCCACCUAUCGACCGAGCCCUUCUCUCUAAGGCGGAUAAACUCAUACGAACGCACACACUGAAGAUCGACAUGGACUUUGGCGCCGGCGGCGAAGAGGUUGUGGGGCGUGGCCACGAGCACAGCCACAAAAAAAAGAAGAAGCACAAGGAAGGAGGCCACAUCAAGUACGUGGUGGCUGCCCUGCUUACCGCCAUGGGAAUCGCCGGUCCCUUGGGCCUAAAGGCUCUGGCGACGAUUGCCGGCAAGGCGCUGGUCAUCAGCAAAGUUGCCCUGACCAUUGCCGGGAUCAUAGCGCUAAAGAAGCUCUUUUCGACCGAUGGCGGCGAAGAGCACAGCUUCCAGGUGCACGCCGGAGAUAGCAACAGGCGCAACACCUAUGUGAUCCGGCCGGUCUCCAAGACGACCGCUGGGGCAGCUGGAGUCGGUACCGUGGGUGUAACGGCCGCCGGUGGCAGCACUUCGGUGGAUCCAUAUCGCUACUACUACGAGUACCACCAGCAGUAA